GCGUGGCCGGCCGGGGCGUCUCGCGCUGGGUGACAGCUCGCGCGUGCUGGUGAUGGCGGCCUUUGAAGCUGAGAAUUUCCCUGGUAAAAAUUAAAAUCAAAUUCUCCGAACUCCUCCAGGACUCCUGGGGACGAUGGAGCCGCUCCGCGCCCGGGACGCGGCGCCGCGGAGGAAAGGAUGCGCAACCUCCACUCCGUCGGAGCAGCGCCGCCUCCUGUGAGACAUGGAUCGAUGCAAACAUGUGGGGCGGCUCCGACUGGCCCAGGACCACUCGAUCCUGAACCCACAGAAGUGGCUGUGCGUGGACUGCCACAGCACCGAGUCGCUCUGGGCCUGCCUCAAGUGCUCGCACGUGGCCUGCGGCCGCUACCUGGAGGAGCACGCCCUGCGCCACUUCCAGGAGAGCCGCCACCCCUUGGCCAUGGAGGUGCACGAGCUCUACGUCUUUUGUUACCUGUGCCAGGAUUACGUCCUCAACGACAACCCCGAGGGCGACCUGAAGCUGCUGAGGAGCUCGCUGUCGGCCAUCAAGGGCCGGAGCAGCGGCCGGACGCUGCGCUCYGCGGCUCAGCAGGACGCGUGCAGGAGCGGUCCCCAGGGCCAGUCGCAGACGCUGACGGCGCUGUGGCACCGGCGCCAGGCGCUGCUGGCAAGAGCRCUGCGCACCUGGUUCCACAGGAGCUCACGGGGACAGCUGAAGUUGAAGGAGAAGAAGGAGCUGGAGGAGCUGGAGAAGAAGAAGGAGGCGGCUCGGCAGCGGCGGCGGGAGAUGAAGAGGCGGCUGCUGGAGGAGCUGGCCAACGCUCCGCCGAGGAAGAGCGCCAGGCUGCUGUCGCACGUGCACGGGGAGAGCUCCGCGGCCAGGAAAUUCAGGGAGGUGGCCACGGCUUCCCCUACCUCACGGCAGGUGCACAGCAGCAGGUUGAAGCAGUUCUACUCCAUCCGGCGGCAGCCGCUGAUGACUCCGGGCGUGACGGGGCUCAGGAACCUGGGCAACACUUGCUACAUGAACUCUAUCCUGCAGGUGCUCAGCCACCUGCAGAAAUUCCGAGAAUGUUUCUUGACUCUGGACCUCUGUGAAACGGAAGAACUUUUAGCCAAAACUGUCAACGGCAGGGCCAGGGUGCCCGGCAGGCUGGCAAACGGAGCCGCUGCUCCCCAGCCUGGCGAGGUGAGAUCGUCCGGCACGCAGAGCUCGCCGGCCGGCUUGAACGGCGGCGGCUCCUCCAUCAGCCGCAGCUUGGAGCUCAUCCAGCCCAAAGAGCCGAGCUCCAAGCACAUCUCCCUCUGCCACGAGCUGCACACGCUGUUCAGGGUGAUGUGGUCGGGCAAGUGGGCCCUGGUGUCGCCCUUUGCCAUGCUGCACUCUGUGUGGAGCCUGAUCCCGGCUUUCCGCGGCUACGACCAGCAGGACGCUCAGGAGUUCCUCUGUGAACUGCUGGACAAGGUGCAGCAGGAGCUGGAGUCCGAGGGCACCAAGCGCAGGAUCCUCAUCCCCUUCUCRCAGAGGAAGCUCACCAAGCAGGUCCUCAAGGUGGUCAACACCAUUUUCCACGGGCAGCUGCUCAGCCAGGUCACCUGCCGGACGUGCAACUACAAAUCCAACACCGUGGAGCCCUUUUGGGACCUUUCCCUGGAAUUCCCAGAGCGUUACCACUCCCUGGAGAAGGGAAUUGUCCCUGUGCAGCAGGCUGAGUGCCUGCUGACUGAAAUGUUGGCCAAAUUCACCGAGACCGAGGCGCUGGAGGGGAGGAUCUACGCCUGUGACCAGUGCAACAGCAGACGGCGAAAAUCUUCUCCCAAACCUCUUGUGCUGAGUGAAGCUAAAAAGCAGUUGCUGAUCUACAGACUACCUCAGGUCCUCCGGCUGCACCUUAAACGCUUCAGGUGA